CCCCUCCUCUCCGCUCCGAGGAUCCAUGUGAGCAUGCUCCAUAACAAUUUGUUCUCUUGUUUAUAUUUGGCUGCAAGACAUCUUGUCGGUCCCCAGGCCCCCCUUUGUCACCUUUCUAUGACCGACAGCUCGAGAUGUCGGUAUACGGAUAAUGUGCUUGAUGCAUGACGCAUGCGUUGUUUUAUUUUAUUAUUAUUAUUAUUUUUUUUUCACUUUUAUUAUUAUGGGAGGGCGCCUGCUUGGCAUGACUUGGUGUUGUUUCGGCUAUACGAGAAUCUUUCUCGUUACGUCGUGGGAACUCAUAGAUAUUUCUUUUCUCUCUUCCCCUCUUCUCCUCUUAUCAUUUCCCACGAUUACCUCUUAUUACCACUACGACUGCCGUUAUUGCGAAGCACUAUUUUUUAUUUUUAUUAUUUUUAUUAUUUUACUUUUUUUACAAUGGUCAGACCCCGCUAAGAGACGGAGCGAGCCGGAAGUGGAUCGAGGAAGGAUGAGCGCAACAAGUGGUGUUGGACGGAUCAUGCACGAUAAUUCGAAAAAGGAAAAGGAGCAAAAAAAAACAAAGGCAUCCGAUGGGAUGAUGCUCGAUUUAACCGAUCCGUCAAAGAGAAGAAGAAGACGAAGAAGCAGAAGCCGAAGAUUUGCAGUCGAUAUAUUAGCAGGCAUUUCGAUAUGAUACCCUACGACCGAGCUUUGAGUUGUGAUUCCAUGCAUUUACCCAAAAAUACAUAGAGCAGAAGAAUGAAUUUAUCCAGUUGACUGAGCUGUACCUGUAUAUACAUGGUAGUAGAAAUAAAGAUACCGAAUCCUACUAAGCCAGACUCAAAAUUCUGAUGUCCA